AUGGUGGCUUCAAGAGUGCUUGCCAUUGUAUUGGCAGCAUCGAGCGUCUCUGUUGCUGAGGCUGGAAAAUGUAAACCACAUUCUCACCCUAAGUAUACAUCACUUUUGUCGUGGAUCUCAGGUACCUCAACGGUGAUCGGUCCAAAAGCUGGAACCGCGCAAAGUCUGGACGCCUCAUAUUCAACAGACUAUUCAGGUUCUACCGGUGCUGGCGAACUUGUCCCAACAGCGUUGAGUGGUUCUUCAGCUAUAACUUGGCCGCAAACCACAACCUUGAGUGCCAGCUUUUCAGACUAUACAGCCUCUGACAACCCUCCAGCUAUCUCUGAUUCCGAGUUCGAUUCUGAGACAUCGACAUCGACUUCGCCAAAUAGCUUUGGAUCGACUUUGGCUGCUGUAACGACAAGCGACGAUCCUACCACGACGAGGGCCACUACCACUACCACUGCCUCAACUGAUGAAUCGGAACCAAGCAACAGCUCGACUCCAGACAACACCUCUAAUUCAGGCCUUCUUACUGAUUCGCCUUCAAUCAUCCCCACUGCAUCCAACGAGUCGACUGCAACCGCCGAUGCAGCCACCACUGCUCACUCAACUUCAAUCGAGCCUAGAACAUCAACUGACACUACCGUAUCAUAUGCAACAACUGAGAUAGUCAGCUCAGGAGACAGAAAGGUCUCAACCGAUACUUCCACUAUUGAUAUCGCCACAUUCGACGGACCUACUACAACCAUUGAUGCCACGACUGUGACUAGCGGCGUGCCCACAAGCAUUGACACCACCACAACACUGCUUACAUCGCUAUCGUCAUCCGAAAGCACGUCGGUAACAGAAAGCCUAUGGACUUCAACAACUUCAUCAGAAUCAUGUCCCGUUGUCUCAGUUUCUAUCGAGGACCCAAGCUUUGAGGGAGACAAUACGGGCGAGAACAGAUGGGACUAUAUGGGGCAGUUCGCCGGUAUCGCCGUACCAUUUCAACAAAAGAGCAGCACCUCUCAGGACGUACCGCGUGCUCAUAGUGGUGACCAGUUUGCACUUGUUAGCUCAGGACCGGGCUCUACCCUUGGAUCUGAUAUGUGGAGGCCCAUAUCCCUAGACUCGACGAAGAAGUACCAAGCCUGGUUCUCAUAUGCUCCUGUUUCUGACCCUGACCAAGACUGA